GUGUCAACAAACACUCGAUCAGUAAACACGUUGCAGGCUUACUUUUUUAAGUCUUCAUCAGAAUUUCAUCACAUUUUGCUCAAUUUAGCACAAUAUUUACAGGCUAAAAUGUCCUCUAGUGUUCAAACUGAAACUAGACGCUUGAAGAAAGUGGAACACGAGAUUCGGCUUUUGCAACAAGCCAUCCAGGAUGCUCGCAACAAUGUCGGACUGGAGGAGAACAACUCGGAACUGGAAAAACUACAACUAGAAAAUACUAAGCUUAAACAUCGACUGGCAAUUCUGAACAGGGCUAUUGUUUCGGAAGGUCGGUUAGCUUCCAAAGAAAAAGGUUCUGUGCUAGAUCUUCUAAGCGAACUUUUUACUCAUGCCAUCGCUAAAGCAUUUCCACAAGUCUGUAAUGACGUUCCAACCGUUAUAACAGUGUCCAGUUCUGCCAAAUUUGGCGAUUAUCAAUGCAAUAAUGCUAUGCAGAUAGUGCAAAAACUGAAAGCUCUAGAGGUUAAAACAAAUCCUCGUGAUGUAGCCGUAAAAAUAAUGGAGGCUUUACCGAAAUCACCUGCCAUCAGUAAAGUCGAGGUAGCUGGGGCUGGAUUUGUAAACGUUUUUUUGGAAAAAUCCUUUGGAGCUGAUGUAAUAAUGUCUGUAUUGAAGAACGGUGUUUGUCCACCGAAAACUGAUCGUAAACGUGUGAUUGUAGAUUUUUCUUCACCCAACAUCGCAAAGGAAAUGCAUGUUGGACAUUUACGAUCGACUAUUAUCGGCGAAUCCAUAUGUCGAUUGUUGGAAUUUCUCGGCCACGAUGUUCUGCGCUUAAAUCAUGUUGGAGAUUGGGGAACACAAUUCGGAAUGCUUAUUGCCCACUUACAAGAUCAGUUUCCAAAUUAUUUGCAAGUUUCUCCUCCAAUUAGCGAUUUGCAAACAUUUUAUAAGCAAAGCAAAACACGUUUCGAUUCAGAUGAAACCUUCAAAAAACGAGCUUAUGCGUGUGUAGUAUUGUUGCAAAGCGGAGACGCAAACUCUCUCAAGGCUUGGAAUCUGAUUUGUGAUGCUUCUCGUAAAGAGUUCCAAAAAGUUUACGACCGACUUGAGGUCACUCUCAUAGAACGAGGGGAAUCAUUCUACCAAAAGCGAAUGGAACAAGUCGUCAAAGAAUUGAGUGCCGCAGGUUUUCUCGAAGAAGACGAUGGCCGAAAAAUUAUGUGGGGUGAAAACCGCGAGAGCAUUCCACUCACUAUAGUAAAAUCUGACGGAGGCUUCACAUACGACACUUCCGAUAUGGCUGCCAUUAAAAAUCGUCUUCACGAAGAAAAAGGUGACUGGCUAGUGUACGUAACAGACGCAGGACAAGCAACACACUUCCAAACAAUAUUCUCAUGCGCACGGAAAGCUGGAAUUUUGAACCCAUCAAUACAUCGUGUGGAUCAUGUCGCUUUUGGUGUUGUACUUGGCGAAGAUGGAAAGAAAUUCAAAACUCGUUCCGGAGACACUGUCAAACUAACAGAACUUUUAGAUGAAGGUCUUAAACGUUCUCUCGACAAGCUACUGGAAAAAGAGCGCGACAAGGUGUUGACACCAGAAGAAUUGAAAAAGGCACAGGAAUCGGUUGCUUAUGGCUGUAUCAAAUAUGCCGAUUUGUCACAUAAUCGUAUUAAUGAAUACGUCUUCAGUUUUGACAAGAUGCUCGAAGACAAGGGAAACACUGCAGUUUAUUUACUGUACGCAUACACUCGUAUCAGAUCGAUCGCUCGUAACUGUGGAGGCGAUUUUGCAAACAAUAUCGAGAAAGUUAUCAAUAACACCGAGCUAAGCUUAGAUCAUGAAAAGGAAUGGAAGCUAGCGAAGGCACUGCUCAAGUUUCCUGAUGUUAUAAAAAUCGUCGCUAAAACUCUCUGCUUACAUCAUUUGUGUGAGUUUGUGUAUGAAGUAAGCACAACGUUCACAGAGUUCUACGACAGUUGCUACUGUAUUGAAAAAAACAAAGAAGGUGAAGUCAUCAAAAUUAAUGCAGGACGCGUACUUCUGUGUGAAGCAACUUCAAGGAUUUUAGGAAAGUGUUUCUACAUACUUGGAUUGAAACCUUUACAUAGGAUUUAAACCACCUACGAAAUCGUCGUUAAAAGGUAAAUUUUGAAUAACAAUUAUUUUCAAUAUUUCAAA